UUGGUAAUUUUUGUUAUAAAUUAUUAAUACGAUUAUGAAGUUACCAUACGAGACCGAGGAUUCUAACCAUUUUUAUGCCAAAGAGAGCUCCAAGCCAUUAUUAGCAACUAGGAUAAAUAUCCCUCAGAACAAAUUUUCAAGGAACCAUAAAUAAUUUGGCCACUCUGGAAGACUCUAACUUAGUUACCAUAGAUUCUUCAAAAGUGUUUCCCUUUCAAAUGAAGAGAAUACAGCAUAAAUUAAGAAAUUUCUCCAAAGAGAAAUUGAAGAAAAUUGGUAAGCUUAAUUUACCAAAGAAUGGCUUUCAGCUGAAGUUGAAGAAAGAUAAUGUCAAUCCCAAGAAGCUAUUUGACCAGUCAGAGUCUGUAGAGAAUGACAGGAAGAACUCAGAUUCUGAUAGUAUAUUUAAUGUAACCUUUGGAAAUUUUAAAUUUACCCCUAAACAGCAAACUAAUAAUGCUACUUUAUUUUGUAAAGGGAAAAAUUUUAAUUCAGAAGGAACCCUUCCUCCAAACUUUGCUCUCGAGGAUGUAUUCCUCAAAUAUGAGCUGAGCAAACAAAAGCAGCUCACUCCUGAGAAUGUUCUAAAUCGUAAAGAAGGGAUUGACACAAAAUGUUCGAGAAAUGAACAACAAUAUGUUAGGUAUUUCCAUACCUCAGAUGGUAUCAGGAGGCAUAAUAAUGCAAGCUUAGAGCCAUAUAAGGAUUCUCUGCCAUAUUUUCAACAGUCAAAGGGAGAAAUCAACUUGCAGAAUAGUUUGAAAAUUUAUCGGAGUCAUUUGGAAAAUUCUACAUUAAGUUCAGAAGCAAGAAGUAGAUCAAAUCCUGAAGAAGACUCUCCUUUCUUCAUCAAGAGGCGGAUCAGAUCGUCCAAUCCUCAUGCACGAGUAAAGAGGAAAGCCCAUCCAAUGAUCAGUAAACAUUUCUUUAAAAAGCAAAUGUCUCGGCAUGGGAAUCGGAGUAAACUUCUAAUCCAAGAUGACGACAAAAAGUCAUCGGAGGAGAUCCAGAAGAAAUGAGGUUUAAUGAAGAGCAUCUCGAAUUCUACCCCAAAAGACAUCUCAAAGGGCCUGAAAAUAUGCACAAAUAUAUAUUUAUCAGACGGCAGGGAGGGCAAUGACAGCUUCGAAGGCUACUGCCGCCUUGAGGAUAUAAGACAUCCAACAACCAAGAACUAUAAAUAACUUAUAUCAUCUUCAAUUUCAAGUA